CUGCUGCAAAACAUCGGCGCCAUGAUGGCCACUGUGAUGGACGCGCUUGCUUCGGUCGUACGCAAUUCGUCUGAGCUGAGAGGUGUUAAUGGCCUCGGCCCAGCUCUGAAGUACAGGGAAUCUGCCGAGGAGACGACGUACAAGGGCGCCACUCACGUAAAUUACUCCUCCUUCCUGGACCACCUGGAUUCGCCCUUUCUAAGGCUCUGGCUGACAGAGUCGAGACUGUUCAACGUGCAGCCACCGCUAGUGCAGGCAGCACUGGCGGCUGUCGGAGGCGUGGGUUGGGGAUACAGCGCCACCGAGUUCUUCGAGACGCCUUACUACUACGACAAUGGUCCCGCAGCGUACAACUACGCCACCUUAGGGCAGUCCGCAGAUAGCCCGACCUUCGAGCGCAUGGACGACACCACCCUGGAAGGCGACGCCCUGGAACACGUGAUGGGGACGCAGCUCGCCUACCUCGCAUUGGAGCGAGUCCCGUUCGUGAAGAACCGGGUGCUAGCCGCUACCAAGUUCUCUCCCAAGGCGCUCUUCUCGCUGUUCCACUGCUACUUCAGCUGCGCCCUCGGGAGGCCGAUCUACUCGAUCGACGACAGGUGUAUGGUGCUGCUGCGCAACUGGGCCACCUUCACCACCAGCUUACCGUGCGGAAUCAACAUCACGCGCAAAACAUUUGACGCGUGUCGUUACAUCUGGUAGUCG